CUGACAGGCCGGCAAGGCAUAUUCUGCUAGUUUUUCCGAAGGAACAGUAAAGCCAAACCAACUCAGCCAAGAUGUGUGAUGAUGAUGCUGGAGCGCUCGUUGUUGACAACGGAUCCGGAAUGUGCAAGGCCGGUUUCGCUGGUGAUGACGCCCCACGUGCCGUCUUCCCGUCCAUUGUUGGCCGUCCCCGUCACCAGGGUGUGAUGGUCGGUAUGGGCAACAAGGACUCGUACGUCGGUGAUGAGGCUCAGUCCAAGCGUGGUAUCCUCACUCUGAAGUACCCGAUUGAGCACGGUAUCAUCACCAACUGGGAUGAUAUGGAAAAGAUCUGGCAUCACACCUUCUACAAUGAACUGCGCGUGGCCCCAGAGGAGCACCCAGUUCUGCUGACUGAGGCCCCACUGAACCCCAAGGCUAACCGUGAGAAGAUGACUCAAAUCAUGUUUGAGACCUUCAACUCGCCAGCCAUGUACGUUGCCAUCCAGGCUGUCCUGUCCCUGUAUGCCUCCGGUCGUACCACCGGUAUUGUUCUGGAUUCCGGAGAUGGUGUUUCUCACACUGUCCCAAUCUAUGAAGGUUAUGCUCUGCCACAUGCCAUCCUCCGUCUGGACUUGGCCGGUCGUGAUCUGACUGACUACCUGAUGAAGAUCUUGACUGAGCGCGGCUACUCUUUCACCACUACCGCUGAGCGUGAAAUCGUUCGCGAUAUCAAGGAAAAGCUGUGCUACGUCGCUCUGGACUUCGAGCAGGAAAUGGCCACCGCCGCCGCUUCCACCUCUCUGGAGAAGUCUUAUGAACUUCCUGACGGUCAGGUCAUCACCAUUGGCAAUGAGCGUUUCCGUUGCCCAGAAGCUCUGUUCCAGCCAUCCUUCCUGGGAAUGGAAUCCAGCGGUAUCCACGAAACCGUCUACAACUCGAUCAUGAAGUGCGAUGUCGACAUCCGUAAGGAUCUGUAUGCCAACACUGUCAUGUCCGGUGGUACCACCAUGUACCCAGGUAUUGCCGAUCGUAUGCAGAAGGAAAUCACUGCCCUGGCUCCAUCGACCAUCAAGAUCAAGAUCAUCGCUCCCCCAGAACGUAAAUACUCCGUCUGGAUCGGUGGAUCCAUCUUGGCUUCCCUGUCUACCUUCCAGUCGAUGUGGAUCUCCAAGCAGGAGUACGACGAAUCUGGCCCGUCCAUCGUCCACCGCAAGUGCUUCUAAGUCUGUUGACAAAUCCAGCAACAGCAACGACAAGCAACAGCAGCAGCAGCAACACCAGCAAGCUUCGAGAUUUUUCUCGUUUACCAUCAUCGUCAUACAAUGUAAUCCCAUACAAGUGAUUUAAUUAUUUUUAUAAAAAAAACAUUUAGUUAUUAUCUGUUAUGUGGAUCAUUAUCUUUAUGUUUUGAGGUUCUUCUAGCGAAAUGAAGAAAGACGACAAACCGCUUUAAUACAAAAUAAUAAGAAAUAGAUGAGACUUUUGCAAGAUCACAGUAAAAACAAAAUAUCAGACAGCGUCGAUCGAAUCUAUUUUGAAGGAAAAAGAAAAUCUUCCAAUAGUUGUUUAAGACCAACCAAUCAUUUACAUAUAGCUUUAACAACAAGUGGGGUGUAAAACACUAUUUUUGUUAUUUUUAUAAACUGUAUAAAUAUAGUAAAAUCU